AUGGAAUAUAAAGUGUCAAACUUGUUAGUGAAUAUUGAUAAUAUUUGUCGUGUAUGUUUGACUGAAAAUGCUAAUUCACUGUCGAUAUUUUGUCAAAAUGAAACAGAUGAAAAAUAUCGCGAUCUUUUAAAUAAAAUUCAAGAGUCCGGUGGUAUUAAAAUCACCGAAGAUGAUGGUUUGCCGACACUUAUUUGCUCUAAAUGUAUUAAUAAUAUCAACAUUGCAUUUAAAAUUCGUCAGCAAUGUCAACGCAGUGAUACCCUGCUAAGAUUAUAUUAUAAAAAAUUAAAAGAGUCUAACCUCAAAACAAUACAUUAUCAAGAAACUCUCCAACCAGAGUUAAUUACGCCAGAUAUUUCACAAUCCAGCCAAGAUCUGUUUAACUACUUAGAAAUCCAAUGUAUGGACGUCGAAGAAGUUGUUGUUGGUCAAGAAGAGGUCCCAAGUGUUGAAAAUGCUGGAAUGAUUGACGACGAACCACCGUCCUACAAAUUAAAAUUGCAAUUACUUGAGAUUGGAAGUACAACGAGCAGUUCACCGAUUGCAAACUCGCCAAGCUCGCGUACAAAAGCUCAGAGUAAAGUAUACCCCGAGCACCUAGGAGCUUUUGAGACUCUAGCUUUUGAUCCCCUUCAAUUGCCGAGUGAUAAAAAAUAUACCUGUUCAAUCUGCGCUCAGGCGUUCGAGUCAUUAAAAAUAUUAAGACAGCAUCGAAAAAUUCACAAAAAUGAAUUAUAUGUUUGUAAAAUCUGUCCUGUGCGUUGUUCUAAGGCUGAAGAGCUGGCAAUUCACUUGAAAUCGCAUCAACUGACCCAAGCAGCAGUCGCAACUAUUCAAGUAAACAAUCACGACAAUUCCAAAGACUGCAAUGACUCCGAUAUGGUCGACAAUCAGCAAAAAAUUGAUCAUAACAAUGAACAGCCACUCCGUGGCAAGUCACCUGACCUUCAAAAUAAUACCACUAACCCUUUUAAAAAUUCUAUGAUCAAAAGAUUAUCAACUGAUAAUAUUAAUACUAAUAAUAGUAAUAGUAAUAGUAAUAGUAAUAUUAACAGCUCUAAUAGUCCUAUCAUUCAUAAAUGUGAGAUUUGUGGGCAAAUAUUUUCAAAAGAAAAAGGACUGAUGCGGCACCGCGCUUAUCACGAAUCACGAGUUAUUUGUGAUAUUUGUGGUAAAAUAGAUAUUUUAAUAAAAAAUAUCAUAAUGACCGAGUGCUACCUGGAUUUCGAUAGAGUUUGUAGAAUAUGUUUAACAGAAUCAACAAAUUUAACGUCAUUGUAUUGUAAUGAUUCGGUACCAGGUGUAUUUCCAAGUUUAUCACAGCGUAUAUCAACAUGUGGGGCUAUUGAGCUUAAUGAAAGAGACGGAUUGCCAUCGUUAAUUUGUGAGAAUUGUAUUUAUAAAGCAAGUGUAGCUCAUGAUUUUCGUGAACAGUGUCAGAAUUCAGAUGCACGAUUACGUUUAUGUUACGAUAAACCAGCUCGUCUACAAUCAAAUUUACAGGACUCCAGUACGCAAACAGAAGUUGAAGAGAGAACGAUGGCUAAAAAUAUAAAUUCAAAUUAUUUUGUAAAACAAGAAAUUCAAGGGUUUAAUCAAGAUUUAAAUACAAUAGGUGUUUACCAAAAUCCCCAAGUUGAAGUUACAAGCAAUCAAAUAGUUACUGACGAUAAAUUAUUCCUAUGUAAUAUUGACUACCAAACGAAAGAAUUAGAAAAACAGCCGGUGCUUGAAUCGACUCAACACCAACUCCAACAUCAACAUCAAGAACUCGAUCAUCAAGACAUUCAACAUCAAGUAUUAAUACCAGAGCAGCAACAAGUUUCUAUAGCAGUUGCUAUUGAAACAGAGCAACAAUUACCAAAUUCUGUUACAAUGGCUGAAAUGAAACCAGCGGUUGGACAAUACGUGGACAACGAAUUGUUGGUUAAUAACGAUGACAGUGUUGAAGACGAAGAUCUUGAGGAUGAAGAAGAAGAAGAAACUGAAAUUCCAGCUGACGGAUUUAACAAAGAUCAAGAUAUUUCGAUUGAUUUACACGAACCUAAAUGGGAAGAAGAAUCAGAGGAAUUAGUGCCUAGCAAAAGAUUGACACGCAAGGCUAAGGAUAUUGCCGGUAAAUCAUACAGCGUUGAUGAAAUUGACGAAGAUUUACCUGAUAAUAACGAUGACGACGACGACGACGACGAUAAGCCGAAAUUCAAGUGUAAAGUUUGUUCGAAACGAUAUAACACAUCGAAAGGCUUGAAAAAUCAUGCCCAAGUUCAUGAUAAAAAACACAAAUGCCACGUGUGUUUAAAGUCAUUUUACAACCUUGAGAAUAUGGAAAAACAUGUUAAAAUUCAUGAAACUAAGCCUCAUGCGUGUCAACUGUGCCAUACAUGUUUUGCUAAGCCGCAGAGCUUAGUUCGGCAUCUCAAGAGUCAUUCGGAUAAAAUUCAAGGUAGCAAUAAUAAUAAUAAUAUAAAGAGCAAUGAAAACGGAACAAUAACGAUCGUAAGAACUGAAGAUACCGAGGAUGACGAUGACGAUCGUGACGGUUUUCAGACAAAUGAAGCCGAUGAAUUCGACAGUGCGCCUGGUCUUUACAAGUGCAGUGAAUGCAAUCAGUUUUGUUCGACUUUGAAGAAUCUCAAAAGACAUUCAUUGAUUCACGGUGAUAAAAAAUAUUCCUGUACUGUUUGUAAAAAAUAUUUCUUCCGACCAGAUACGCUGAAAAAACAUGCUGAAAAACAUGGUCACGGUUUACUGGACAAUUUGUCAGACGAGAACAAAUUGUAUGAGUCCGACGACGAGACAUUCAAUCGCAGUAAUACGCUGGCUAAUAAUAUCAACGGCAAUGGGACCAAUGAUACUGAUAAUAAAAAGGUUGACAGUGAUGAAGACGGUUCUGGGGAGUACAAGUGUCAACAUUGCGACAAAGUUAUGGCAACUAAAAAAGGAUUAAGACGGCAUGUGUCGAUGCAUAAGCCAAAAGCAGAGCCAGUAACCUGUGAAAUUUGUAAAAAAGUGUGUGCUAGUCAAGCUAGACUGGUUCUUCAUCAAAAAACACACAGUAAACCUAAGGAAAAAAUACCGCGGGAAUAUCUCUGUCAUAUAUGCAGUAAAGUAUACCCAAGCAAUUCAUCACUGACCUAUCACAUGAGGACACAUACUGGAGUAAAACCGCAUGUGUGUCAAACAUGUAACAGCGGUUUUACAACAACGACCAGUCUCGCUAAUCACAUUCGAAUCCAUACUGGUGAUAAACCCUUCGUUUGCCACGUAUGUAGUGCUGCAUUUGCUGUAAGCUCGGCCUUCAGACGUCACUUAACUCGUCAUACCGGAGAAGCCAAUUAUCUUUGUAAAACUUGCGGCAAGGCAUUCAAAAGACUCAGCACACUGAAGGAACAUACCUACACACAUUCGGGAGAAAAACCUUAUGUUUGUAAAACAUGUGGUGCUGCUUACAGCCACAGUGGAAGUUUAUUUGCUCAUCAAAAACGUUGCAGAGUACAGUAUGGUGAAAUGGUUACUUCUGAGAAUAAUCAUUCGCAUGUACCACAUCAUAUUCACGUUAAUAAUGUACAGACAGCAGUCAGAUCACUUGCAGUUAUCGGACAAAUGUUUUAA